GAGACUGAGGCGAGGGGCUGUACAAGCAUGCCUUUUAUAUUUACUAGUGACUGAGAGAGAGAGGGAGGGAGAAAGGGAGCAGCUGAAGGCAGAGACAACUGGUGUGUGCACGGCUUUCCCAAGAGGAAAUGAAAAGAAAGAAGCUCAACGAGGAGAGUGAAUGAGUGAGCGGCUGAGAGGAGGAGGAGGACGGGUGGGAGGGAGCAUGCCGGCUGGAGGGGAGACGGAGAGAAAGAGAUUCUCACACUGGCUGUGUCCUAAUCCGAGUCCAUCUCCAAGAGGCAGCGGAGCAGAGUGUUAGUGAAGUGAGUCUGAGAGCCAAGGAGAGCUACAUCACACACACACACACACACACACACACACACAAUCUCCAUCCUUUUCUGUCACAACCGCACACUCUUCCAACGGGGAGUCCACGAUGCGUCCGGCUGCGCGGCCACGGCUUUUGUGAGGGUGAGGGGACCGAGGCUGCCCUCCCCCCGUCCACCGCAGCCCCCCCACCCCCACCGCCCUCCCUCCUCCUCUCUUUGGCUCACACACACCGUGUGUGUUUACUGUGUUUAAGCUCAAAGUGCUGCUGGUGGCGGAGGUGUCGGAGGUGGUGUGGUGGGGUGGUGGGCACUGCCAGGGCAGAGCAGGGGCACCGGAGAGGAGAGGAGGAAGAAGAGGAGGAGGAGGAAGAAGAAGAAGAGGAGGAGGAGGAGGAGGAGGAAAGCGACAAAGUGGAUCAGAUCAACAGCAGCAGACUGGAAAUGCCCGUCAGGUCGGUUGCAUCCGGAGCCAAUCAAAGCCUUCGUUAGGAACAGCGUUGGCGCUGGACUGGAGGAAGGAUGGCGAGCAUGCCGUUUGUCAGCGAGGGGAAAUGUGUGAGCGUGGAAUGGGAUUUCCUACAAGGACUUCUUGCCAAGCCUCCCACCUUACCCUGUCUCCAGAACCUUCGUAAAGAGAAAUCUCGUAAUGCCGCUCGUUCUCGGCGUGGGAAGGAGAAUUUUGAGUUCUUCGAGCUGGCCAAGAUGCUGCCUUUGCCAGGGGCCAUCACAAGCCAGCUGGACAAGGCCUCGGUCAUCCGACUGACCAUCAGCUACCUGCACAUGCGCACCUUUGCCAACCAGGGGGACCCACCGUGGAGCCCUCUGCUGGAGGGGGACAGCAACUGCAGCAAAGUUCGACGGUCCGCCCACUCUCUGGCCACUGACAUGUUUGAGCAGCACUUAGGAGCUCACCUGCUGCAGUCUCUAGAUGGCUUUGUGUUUGUAGUCAGUCAUGAGGGACGCUUCCUCUACAUCUCAGAGACAGUUUCUAUCUACCUGGGGCUCUCACAGGUGGAACUGACCGGCAGCAGUGUGUUUGACUACAUCCACCCAGCAGACCACGUGGAGAUGGCCGAGCGGCUGGGGAUCAGGCCUCACCUGCGGGCUGAGGCAGGCUGCCACACAGCCCCCGACAGCGCCUCCAGCACCGCGUCCACCUCCUCGCUUGCCGGUACCCCAGAACCUGCUGCUCCAUCUAGUCCUCACUCUCCAGCUGAUGAAUCUCCAGAACGUGGUUUUUUCAUACGCAUGAAAUCCACGCUCACUAAACGAGGUCUUCAUGUCAAGUCCUCUGGAUAUAAGGUAAUCCACGUGACAGGACGAAUCCGGUACCGCCCCGCUCUGGUCCCGGGCUCCACGCGCUCCGUCCGUCGCCCACUGGGCUUGGUCGCUCUGGCACACACGCUCCCGCCCUCCACGCUUAACGAAGUCCGCAUGGAGAGCCACAUGUUUGUCUUCCGUGUGAACAUGGACCUGCAGGUCACAUACUGUGAGAACAGGAUCUCAGAGUAUAUGGAUCUGACCCCUGCAGAGGUGGUGGGACACACCUGUUACCACUUCGUUCAUGUAGAAGACCUGGAAAAUAUCCGACAGAGCCAUGAAGACUUGCUGAGGAAAGGUCAGGUGGUGACGGGUUACUACCGCUGGCUCCAGAGGAGAGGAGGCUACCUGUGGAUCCAGUCCACUGCCACCGUCUCUAUCAACCACAAAGCUCCGCACGAACGCAACGUCAUCUGGGUCAACUACGUCCUGAGUCGAACCGAGCUGCCCGACACACCUCUGGAUCUGCUGCAGCUACCAGAGAGCAUAAGAGUGGAGCGGCUUCGAGUUAGCUCGUCCCCCACCGACUCCUCCCCACAGGCUCAAGGCCAACAGCCAGCGAAGAGCUCUGUAGGGAAGAGUGACCCAGACACUAAAGGCAGAGAGAAAUUCAGCAUCCCCGCCAUCCAAUCAGAGGACAGGAGGAAGCGCGUGCUGAGGUCUGACCCUGAGGGAGCCCCUCCUGAGAGCCGCCGCCGACUGGAGGAGCUCCGGCGCACAGAAGAGGCCGUAUCAGCCUCCUCAGAUCUGGCGAGUGAAAGCGAGGGGGAUGAGGAGGACGAGACGGAGUGGGACGAAGGGGGAGACAGCGACAGAUUAAAGCAAGAAGACAGUGGGGGAGGAGGUAAACAGAGCAGAGGAGACACCCCAACUAGAGGGGAGAGAGUAGGGAGGGUGUACAACGGCCGAGCUGUGAUCCAGCAGCUGAAGACGGCGGCGACCCCGUCUUCGCUACCUGGCAGUCCCAACAUCAAAACCGAACACGAAGCCCUGGCCACUGGAGGGCGGUGGGGGUCCCAAACGCAAACCUCCAACCCGCACACACACAACUCCCAGCCCCCAUCUCACACACCUUCCAGCAGCCUGAACGGCGACAGCCCCACCACCCCGAUCCCAGACUCCUCCUCCAGUAGUGAAGCCCCACCCAAAGGCUUGUUCACCCCUCCCUCUCCUGCUCUGUCCCCGACCAUGCCCGUGUCCUCCCCGCAGCCCAGAGAGGACAGGGUGGUCAGUCGCAGCAGCGGUGUAGGCAACGGCCCCGACUUUGAGCUACUUCAGAGACUGGCAGGCGGUGCAGCAGGGCGGGUCCUCUUCCACCCCCUCGCCCUCGGCCCGCAGGGCCCUCAGAGCCUGUACGCCCCGAGCACUAUCCGAUACGCUCCGCCGGAACUGCCUCCCUCCCACCAUCACAGCACGGGCCACGGUGACGGCCUGCAGCUACGAUCAGACCACCACAAGGGACCCCCACCUACCUUCUUCCCCCACCUGCAGCGGCUGGCCGGCCUACCACCCUUCAGUGGUUUCUCCCCGUCUGACAGCCCCUUCUCCUCCGGCCUGCCUUUCUGUAUGAACGGACUGAGGGGGGCUGCGGGCACGGAGGAGGACUGAACUGAGCCUCACGGGGCUGCAUAAACAUGAAGGACAGCAUGAAGCGACAAAACGAAUAGAGAUGUUGAAAAGGGCAAGGAAGACAGAAGGGGCAGGACAUUAAGCCUCCGAGGGCGAUGCUAACUGGACUAUGAGUUUAAUAACCACAAUUAAAAAUCCGUAAUAAGUUGUUUCCAGGAGACGAGUGACAGCAGUUUUCAGAAAAAACAGGACAUAGACGUUUUGACGGGCUGUCCCUUAAGACUUUUUGUCUCCACAACAAUAAUGAACUCUGCUCUGUCUUUCUCUAGUGUUUGAUUUAUGUGUCUCUUCCACUCAGAGAAGCCAUACUGUACAUAGCAACAAACAAAACCAUAAAAACCCUCAGCUUCAUCUAACCUCUUAACCCCAGAACCAGUAGAUGGAGGCGGACACUUGUCUGUAGAGAUGAAAGUGAAUGUUUUUUUUUAAAGCAGUGCAGUGUUUAAAUAAAUCAUCUCUUUGCUCGACGUAAAAAAUUUCCCUUAAAAACGGAGACGGCUUUUUGGUGUUUUUGUAUGAAAACUAAAAAUAAUAACAAAAGGGGAUGCGUCGUAUUUAAAGCACACGGUUGGGACAAAAGGAAUAGUAACGCAGUCCCAGACAUUCCAAUAUAAAAGGGAGGAAAUUGCAAUGCAGACAGGAAGUUACUUCCGUUUGAUUAUAGAAGUUCAAAAUAGAAAUUUGUCUGAUUAAAUGUUGAUUCUUCUUUAUGAUGCAACAGUUGAGUUUGUGUACAAAAGCCAUAUUUUUUCUUUUUUUUUUGGUUGUUUUUUCAUUAGUUGAAACACACAAACUGCAGGUUUAAUGGACAAAACAUCAAAAUAUUUUUUUUUAGUUCUCAAAAUAAAAAAAAUCUAUAUUUCUGAAAAAAGUUUUGGAAGAGGAAACGGUGUUUUUGUCACCUGCUGUGUUUUUAUGAGCACUUACUGAAACACGUUCUGGUGUGAACUAAAGGCACUUCAUGACUCGGAUGUUUUAUCCUGUUAAAACAGAAAACAACACAAGUGGUCACUAAUAUGAUUAUUGUCUGACCACAGCUGGAGAGAAGGGAUACGAUUAUGCGAUGAAAAACAGGUCACUAAUCUAAAACGUGACCUUUAGAGGUCAAUAAAACAACCGGUUUCAGUUCCUGAAACUUAAAUUAGGGUUUACAAAAAAAAUACUGAAUUAAUCUGAUUAAAAUUCCUCUCAGAGCUAAAAGAACAAACAUUUUCUACUUUUAAAUUUGUGCAAAUGAGACACUCAAAGACAAAAAAAAGGUCAAAUUCAAAACAUGGGAACGUGAAAAUGUGACCCCUUUUUAGUAAAGCCAGACACACGACUAAAAACGUAGUAAAUUUAACCAUAACUUAAAGAAAUAACACUAAAGCAUUUUCUAGCACUUUGGAAUAAAGACUUUUGAACCAAUGUGUAAAAUAACACAAACAUUUUUGUAAUGUGUUAAAAGUUUGUGGCACUUUUUUGCCUCCAAAUUGAGAUUAUAGUCAGUUAAUCUGAGGAUUAAGUUUACGCAGAAACCUGAAGUCCAAGUUCUGAUGUCUGACCGGAGGAAAAAAAAAGAAAAGAAGGGAAAAGAGUUCAAAUAUGCUGUGUGCAAUACACUCAUCAUGUAGCUGUCAGGAGUGUGUGAGCAACCGCGUUCUCGGGUGUUUACUGGUAUAAAAUAGGCGAGUGUGAGUGCGUGACCGUGUGUCUGCUCGUGUGUGUGUGUGUGUGCGUGUGUGUGUUUUGUUUCGUCUUUUGUUCUUCUUGUUGUUGUUGAAAUAAAAUUUCAAGAAAAAAAGGAAAGAAAAAACGGCUAACCUUUUGCUCAUCACUGUGAAUCUAACAUGAUCCUUCCAUGUUUGUGAAUAUUUCAUCCACCCAUCGAAUAAAAUGAACAAAAUGUAAAAAUUAAAAUACAGACGAUGAUGACAAUAAAAUAUUCCAAUAGAGGAGCACAACUCAA